AUGUCCUCUGCUCCAGCCUUCAGGUGCCAGCACCAUCCUCGAGGUGUCACGUGGCUCUGCCUCCUGCUCCUGCUGCCUCUCUGUGUCCCUGCCACCAUCACCAACCCUGGCAUCAAGGCCUGGCUGACCAGAAGUUCGCUGGAGUUUGGCCGCCGCUUUGGGCUGGAGCUGUUCCAGUCGACGCUGCAGAAGGAGCAUGAACUGAACCUGACAGGAUCCUACAACAUCCCACUCCUGGGGAACCUCACCUAUGCUGUGCCACGGAUCCACAUCCAUGAGCUGCAGAUGAACGACUCCACACUGGACUUUGCCGAGGACGUGGGGGUGAGGCUGAUGGUGCAACGUGCCCAAAUCCAGCUCAGUGCCAACUGGGCAGCCCAGCUGGGUGCCAUCCAGGACAGCGGCUCCGUGGAGCUCCGCAUGCGGGACCUGGCCGUGGCAGCGGUGCUGGGGGUGAGCGAGGACGGUGGUGGCCGCCCCACGGUGUGGAACGCUGCAUGUGACACCCAUGGCACCGACCUGCACAUGGAGUUUCACCGUGGAUACAGCUGGAUCUACAACCUGCUGGCACCGCUGCUCCAGAGAACCCUGCGGCAGCAGCUGAACAAGCAGCUCUGCCUUGAGCUCCAGAGGGGCAUUGACAAGCUGGAUGCUGCCCUGAAGCACAUUAAAGUGUCCACCCAGCUGGAUGCCUUUGCUGCCAUCGACUACUCCCUGCUGGGACCGCCGGCCUUCACAGCGGAGCACGGGGACAUUGCCCUCAAGGGGGAGAUCUUCAGGGUGGGCAUGUACCAGCAGAGACGCUCAGCACCGCCGGUGGCACUGCCCAUGGCACUGCCCAUGGCACUGCCCGUGUCUCUGCCCACACCACUGCCUGUGGCACUGCCCACACUGACGCCUAAGGCACUGCCCGUGGCACAUGAGCCCAUGCUGCUGAUGGCUGUCACCGAGUUCGUUGCCAACUCGGCCGCCUUCACGUACUUCACGGCGGGGGCCCUGCGCAGGAACAUCUCCAGUGACAUGCUCCCACAGAGGGCAAUGCUGCAGGAACGCUACGGAGACCAGCCCAUGGAGCUGCACCUCUGGGCCCGCCGGCAGCCCCUGCUCUCCUGCCACCCCGACGCCCUGCACGGGACCCUCUUCAGCUCCGCCGAGGCCUUUGUGGUGCUGCCCAACACCACCCGUGCCCCCGUCUUUCUGCUGAACAUCGAUGCCAACGUGACAGGAAAGCCGACCAUCACCAGGAACAGGCUCGGGGGGACUGUGAGACUGACAGGGCUCAGCGUGACACAGGUGGCAUCAAACGUGGGCCCUGUGGAGGUGAAGCGCCUGGAGACCCUGCUGAAGUUUGGGCUGUGGCUUUUUGGGGUCCCCCGAGCAAACAAGUGGCUCCAGGCUGGCAUCCCUCUGCCUCUCCCACAUGGCCUCAACCUGCUCAGACCCCGAGUCUCACUGCAAGAGGACUUCGUGCUCAUCGCCACGGACCUGCAAUAUGAGCCAUGAGACCGCCUGCCUCGUGGGAACCCUCCAGCCAUGUCCCUGUC